AGAAGAAGAGCCAAAGAGGACCUGACUUUUCUCGGACUUGGGAGACAAUGGAGACUGAAUACGACCAAGUUCUUCGAUCCGUUGCUCAGGUGAACAUCGCCGACCAAAUCGGAGAAUCCGACGACGUAGAAAGAGACGGAAACGGCGUAAAAGUUUCGUGCUUCACUGAAGUUUUCGAUGAUGUUACUAUCCAGUUCCAGAUCAUCCGUCUCGCGAAACAGAUUUACGUAUGGGUCGGUUGCAAUUCCGCCAAAUUUGGGAGUUUGUACGCAGCCGCUUCAACACGACCGAGCAAUACAGUGAGUGUUACAUCGGUACUUGGUGGAACAUCUGAUAACACUGGAUCUGGCAUUGCGCGUAGAUUAGUGUUGAAGACUGGUCUCAAUAUAAUACUGGCUUGCAACAUCCCUAAAAACAAUCCCUUGCUUGAGGCAAAAGCUGAGAAAGUGUUGAUUAGAAAGCUGAUUGAUCUUGGUUACACAAUGUCAAAACCUGUAAGAGCAACAUAACCCAAUUUAGCUGUUUCUUGAGGUUGUUUCUCCUUCAUUGUGUCCUACCCUUUUUAUACGGAAAUUUGUGACUGAUUCUACUAAGGUAUCUUGAUCGAUUGGCAUGAAAUGAUCACUUUUUUUUUGGUUUUCGAUAAGUUUUCUUGGCAUUGUAUCUUGAAGAUACUAUCUUCUCCCCAUUUCGUAGCUGCAUUCAUCUGCAUAAUGCUCGAUGAGAAAUGUUUAAAGCGUUUAUUACUUCGACCACAAAACAAAGAGAGAGUUGGUUCCUUGUUCAUGACUUUCAAAUGUGUUUGUUUUCUUAUUCUUCUUGCCGAUUUGGCGUGAUUUCUUCACCUAAUUUGGAAUAUAGUUAUGGUGAUGCAAUAUUUGCAUGUUUGAUCUUUUGUUCGGUAAAAAGGCAAAUCCUUUGGACAUACCAAAGUGUCAAACUAUAUGAUGAAACCAUUCUUCUUUCCCUCUAUAUUUGUCACUUGAUGAUCUGUACUAUUGAAUUGAUACAGAGUUACCACCAAGAAUUAGAUGAUGUGUGUAUAUUGACGUCUAUAUAAAAAUCAGAAGUUGUUUUGGCAUCUAACCUUUAAAUUUGUGAACUCUCUGACCAAAUGUAA